CUCACAAGAAAGACCAUUCUGAGUUGCGUCGCUUGGUGUACUUGGUCCCACGGGGGGCGAACCGCAGCCGGAACAGGCCCAUGACGGGGGUGUGGUCACUGAGUCGUAUUGACGGGAAGGAGUUGUAGCCACACCUGCAUCAGUCAGUGUCCACACACACACACACACACACAGAGGGAGCUUUCCCCUAGGCCUCGCUGCAUGGGUCGGUCGCUCACCCGACGAGUGCCCACCGCACAGACCAGCUCCGGGCGAAGACUCUGUCACAGUACUGAGGGCAGUGCUAAAGUUUUAAGACACAGGGGACAGCGUCUGAUCAGAAAACUGGAUGACAUCGUGAGAGCAGUACCUCCUCCAUGUAGCAUAUUCCUGACACCACACAGGCAGACAAUUGAUUGAGAACAGACAGACAGACAGACGUGUGUAUUUCCGGCCUCAUUGGAUUGGGAUGUCUCCCUCCCUCCCUCUCUCCCUCCCUCCCUCCCUCCCUCUCCCCCUCUGUGUGUGUGUGUGUGUGUGCGGACAUGCAGUGAACGUCCUCGAGUGCGCACCUGCUCUGCACAGCUUCAGUUGGGUAUUCUCGAUGGCCUGCAUGCCUUCCACUGUCUUGUCCAUCGAAAUCGUGGCGUUGCCCGCUGCCCCACCCGCGGCCGUGCGCAUGCUAGGCGGCACAAACGCCAGGCAUCGGUAGCCGAGGCGGUCGACCAU